AUGUGUGUUUCAAAAAACUGCAUACCUACAUUUUCAACUGGCAAAAGCAGUAUUAGAUUAGAAGAUUUAACUUCAGUACUUUCUAAAGAUGUAUAUCCAAACAUAUAUAAGCUUAUGCAAGUUGCACUCGCUCACCCCAUAAGUUCGUCUACACGUGAACGUAGUUUUUCAGCUAAGAGAAGAAUAAAAACAUGGUUGAGGUCAUCUAUGUUGCAAAACAGAUUCAACAAUUUAGCUAUCAUUAUUAUAAAAAAUGAUAUUUCCAAAACAAUUGAUAGAGAAGUCAUACUGGAUUCAUUUGCAAAAAUAAAAUAUAGAUAUAUUGUUUUAAAAUAA